UCUUCUGGCUGGCAAUCUCAGUUUGCUUUCAACAUGCGUGCGCUUCAGUACCUCCUCCUGCUGCUAGUUAUAUCCGUUAGCUUAGUGGCAUCGCUUCCCCGCCAGCGGCGCCAAAUCGAUCUCACGCUGUCGGCGGAGCACGAUGACAAGGACGACGAGACAGAACUGGCACUGGAGGCCAUCGCAGGACUGUGGAGCAGUGCAGACAGCCGGACAAAGAUCGAUGGAUCCGCUAGUCUAGUACAUCGCACCCACGGAAUGGACUCGGGUUCCACGCAGGACUUUCGCCUGGGAGUGCGAGUUACGUUCGAAAGAUAGAUAGACGGGGAGUUCCAGACAUCGGCGAGCGGGGCAAAUCUAUGGAUUGCGUGAGGAGACCAGCCACUGUAUAAACAUUCCCACUGCCGAUAACAUUUUGACCUUCCCAGCUCCGCUUUGUUUGAAAAUAUAGAACCUUCGUGAAAAUACAAUAUA